UAGCCAAACAAUUGCUUCAACUAAGCACUGAAGAAAGAGCGAAAAAGAAAACAAUGGAGAGCAAAAUUCUUCAAUUCCUCUCAUCAAAAUCACUUCCGUCAACAAUCUUCGUCUACACAUAUCCUUCUUCAACAACACCACAGACUCGGAUUUUCUUACCUUGCCAGAGAAAAUCUUCAAGACUGUAUUCCACCACCAAUAGCAGCGGCGCAGGAGACAACGAUGAAGCUCGGCCAACCGUAGCACCACCGGAAACAGUGGAGAUAAGAUUUAAACGAGGCUCAAGAAAGAGGAACAAAAGGCAGAGUGGAGAAGGAAAAGCAGUGAUGAAGACGCAGAUAAUACCUGAUCCUCCAAAGAAAUGGGAAGACAUGAGCAUUACAGAAAAGGCAGUUGAGCUUUACAUGGGAGAGAAGGGUAUGCUAUUUUGGCUGAACAAAUUCGCUUAUGCUUCCAUUUUUAUUGUUAUCGGAGGUUGGAUACUGUUCCGGUUUGUCGGUCCUUCUCUUAAUCUUUAUCAGCUGGAUACUCCUCCUCUUGCCCCUACUAACAUGUUCAAGGGAUCUUGAAUCACUAGAGCUGAGAUUACAGUCCCAUUUAUCUGCUCAUUUUAUUCACCAAGGUCUCGUUUCUUCAAUUGCAUGAAUUAAUUCAAUUUUGAAACUCAAUUUAACUAAAUCAAAUAAAUUUUUGAAACUCAAUAUAAACAAA